GCAUCUGUCAUAGACUUGUCCUGAACCCAUAGCGGCUGGCGCAGCCCGCUAGACGAGCCGAUGGCGCGGCCCGGGAGCGCCCGGGAGCCGCUGCUCGUGGCGCUGCUGGCCCUGGCGUGCUUGGCGCAGGCGGGCCUGGCGCGCGCCGCGGGCUCGGUGCGCCUGGCGGGCGGCCUGACGCUGGGCGGCCUGUUCCCGGUGCACGCGCGGGGCGCGGCGGGCCGGGCGUGCGGGCCGCUGAAGAAGGAGCAGGGCGUGCACCGGCUGGAGGCCAUGCUGUACGCGCUGGACCGCGUCAACGCCGACCCCGAGCUGCUGCCCGGCGUGCGCCUGGGCGCGCGGCUGCUGGACACCUGCUCGCGGGACACCUACGCGCUGGAGCAGGCGCUGAGCUUCGUGCAGGCGCUGAUCCGCGGCCGCGGCGACGGCGACGAGGUGGGCGUGCGCUGCCCGGGAGGCGUCCCUCCGCUGCGCACCGCGCCCCCUGAGCGCGUCGUGGCCGUCGUGGGCGCCUCGGCCAGCUCCGUCUCCAUCAUGGUCGCCAACGUUCUGCGCCUGUUUGCGAUACCCCAGAUCAGCUAUGCCUCCACAGCCCCGGAGCUCAGCGACUCCACGCGCUAUGACUUCUUCUCCCGGGUGGUGCCACCUGACUCCUACCAGGCCCAGGCCAUGGUGGACAUCGUGAGGGCCCUGGGAUGGAACUAUGUGUCCACGCUGGCCUCUGAGGGCAACUAUGGCGAAAGCGGGGUUGAGGCCUUUGUUCAGAUCUCCCGAGAGGCUGGGGGGGUCUGUAUUGCCCAGUCCAUCAAGAUUCCCAGGGAACCAAAGCCAGGGGAGUUCAACAAGGUGAUCAGGAGACUCAUGGAGACGCCCAACGCCCGGGGCAUCAUCAUCUUUGCUAAUGAGGAUGACAUCAGGCGGGUCCUAGAGGCAGCUCGCCAGGCCAACCUGACCGGCCACUUCCUGUGGGUGGGCUCAGACAGCUGGGGAGCCAAGACCUCGCCUAUCCUGAGCCUGGAGGACGUGGCCGUUGGGGCCAUCACCAUCCUCCCCAAAAGGGCCUCCAUUGACGGUUUUGACCAGUACUUCAUGACUCGAUCCCUGGAGAACAACCGCAGGAACAUCUGGUUCGCCGAGUUCUGGGAGGAGAAUUUUAACUGCAAACUGACCGGCUCAGGUACCCAGUCAGAUGAUUCCACCCGCAAAUGCACAGGCGAGGAACGCAUCGGCCGGGACUCCACCUACGAGCAGGAGGGCAAGGUGCAGUUUGUGAUCGAUGCGGUGUAUGCCAUUGCCCACGCCCUCCACAGCAUGCACCAGGCACUCUGCCCCGGGCACACAGGCCUGUGCCCGGCGAUGGAACCCGCCGACGGGCGCACACUGCUGCAGUAUAUCCGAGCUGUUCGCUUCAAUGGCAGCGCGGGCACCCCUGUGAUGUUCAACGAGAACGGAGAUGCGCCUGGGCGGUACGACAUCUUCCAGUACCAGGCGACCAACGGCAGUGCCAGCAGUGGCGGGUACCAGGCAGUGGGCCAGUGGGCAGAGACCCUCAGACUGGAUGUGGAGGCCCUGCAGUGGUCUGGUGACCCCCACGAGCUGCCCUCGUCUCUGUGCAGCCUCCCCUGCGGGCCAGGGGAGCGGAAGAAGAUGGUGAAGGGCGUUCCCUGCUGUUGGCAUUGCGAGGCCUGUGAUGGGUACCGCUUCCAGGUGGAUGAGUUCACGUGCGAGGCCUGUCCUCGUGACAUGAGGCCCACGCCCAACCACACGGGCUGCCGCCCCACGCCUGUGGUGCGCCUGAGCUGGUCCUCCCCCUGGGCAGCCCCGCCCCUCCUCCUGGCCGUGCUGGGCAUUAUGGCCACCACCACGGUGGUGGCCACCUUCGUGCGGCACAACAACACGCCCAUCGUCCGGGCCUCGGGCCGAGAGCUCAGCUACGUCCUCCUCACUGGUAUCUUCCUUAUCUAUGCCAUCACCUUCCUCAUGGUGGCUGAGCCCGGGGCCACGGUCUGUGCCGCCCGCAGGCUCCUCCUGGGCCUGGGAACGACCCUCAGCUACUCUGCCCUGCUCACCAAGACCAACCGGAUCUACCGCAUCUUCGAGCAGGGCAAGCGCUCGGUCACACCCCCUCCGUUCAUCAGCCCCACCUCACAGCUGGCCAUCACCUUCAGCCUCACCUCCUUGCAGGUGGUGGGGGUGAUAGCGUGGCUGGGGGUCAGGCCCCCACACAGCGUGAUUGACUAUGAGGAGCAGCGGACGGUGGACCCGGAGCAGGCCAGAGGGGUGCUCAAGUGCGACAUGUCAGAUCUGUCUCUGAUUGGCUGCCUGGGCUACAGCUUCCUGCUCAUGGUCACGUGCACAGUGUAUGCCAUCAAGUCCCGCGGCGUGCCCGAGACCUUCAAUGAGGCCAAGCCCAUUGGCUUCACCAUGUAUACCACCUGCAUCAUCUGGCUGGCAUUUGUGCCCAUCUUCUUUGGCACUGCCCAGUCAGCUGAAAAGAUCUACAUCCAGACGACCACACUGACCGUGUCCUUGAGCCUGAGUGCGUCGGUGUCCCUCGGCAUGCUCUACGUCCCCAAGACCUACGUCAUCCUCUUCCACCCGGAGCAGAACGUGCAAAAGCGGAAGCGGAGCCUCAAGGCCACGGUGGCGGCCCCACCCAAGGGCGAGGACGCGCAGGACCACCAGUAGCAGCACGGGGGGAUGAGGCCGCCCGCUGCCCCUCCUUUCUUCCUCUGGCUUCACGGUGGGAGCUGUCAGGAGCCCAGGCCUCCGGUGAACAGUCAGAGGAAGAGAGUCUGCAAGGACCAGGCCCAGCAUGGGUGGGGCUGGCCUUGAGAAGGAACUGGACCCAGCUCUGCCCUGAUGCCAGCACUUGAGCGUCUUGCUUCCUCACCACAGACCAGACGCGCUACCUAUGGUAGGAAACAGCCACCGAGAAGGUCCUAACUCUAGAGAGGGACUAGACUUGUUCUCCCGUUCGAGGUUGGAAGAUGAUGAUGCGGCCCCGGGCUUUGCCUGGUUUGAGGGAGAUGUCCUCCCUCAGUCAAGCCCCGUAACCUGGGCACUGGGCAGUGUCGAAGAACGUGUAGAUCCCGGAAUGAAACGUGGGGUCAGAGAGGAGGAGGAGCUGUCUCAGCGAGGGACCUGUGGCUGUGCAUCUGGACGGAGGCACGCCGGUCUGGGUAGGAUUUCUCUGGCACCGAGGGAGAGACCCUGGGUGAGUCCCCUGCGAGCAUGGGAAGGGCCUGCAGUGGGCGAGGGAGCGAGGUGAGGAACUGGGGUACACCCCCAGGAGACUCCUCGUGCCAUGGGCUUUCCCCGCCGGCCCCCCCAGGAUUGGGCAAGGUCAGUCUUAGAGUACAGCUGUUUUCCUCCCCUGGAUGUACUCCCUUAAAUCACCCCCAAAUCUUGGUCAGGCACAAAGGCUCAUGCCUGUAAUCCCAGCACUUUGGGAGGUCCAGGUGGGUGGGUUACCUGAGGUCAUGAGUUCGAGACCAGCCUGGCCAAGAUGGUGAAACCCCGUCUCUACUAAAAAUACAAAAAAUUAGCGGGGCAUGUGGCCGGCAUCUGUAGUCCCGGCUACUCGGGAGGCUUGGGUGGGAGAAUCACUUGAACCCAAGAGGCGGAGGUGACAGUGAGCUGAGAUCACGCCACUACAACUCCAGCCUGGGCAACAGAGCAAAACUCCGUCUCAAAAAAAAAAAAAAAAAAAAAAAAAAAAAAAAAAAAAAAAUCACUCCCAAACCUUAAGAAAUUCAGAUCCACUUGUGUAGUGUUAAUGAUGUGAGAACAAGGAGCAGGGAUGCAUUUGUGUUGUGUUUGGGGUUGAAGAUGGGUUUAGAGCUCCAGGUUGGCAAGAGUGACAGAGAGUCAUGUCUGUGGUGAAGGUUAAUCCCAGAUGGAUGGCUCAGGAGGAGUCAGGCUCAGGAUGGAAACUCUUCAUUCCCCGUGUGUACUGGGAAGCCUGGUUUGACAGUUGAGCACAAGGCCUGGGAAGGAAGAGGCUUGGGCUGCAGAUGUAGGCACAUUUGUUUUUCAUUGACAGUUUUUAUAAAAAAGCUUGGUUUCAGUUAUGGAAUUCUGUGUCACUGGGGGUAAAAUUUAAAUUUUGUUAAAUUGACUGCUGUUUAAGAUCAGUGUACACUCUCUAGUAUGUGAUGUCUGGAACUAGUUUUGAGGGUGAACCACACUUUAUCCAACAUACGGACUCUUUCUCAUACAGCUUCUCUGGUGCGUGGUAGGUUUUGACUUUGGGACUAGGUGGGUUUUUUUGUGUGUGAAACCUCUGACAAACAUACUGUUGCACCACUGACUCUCCUUCCCCACCUCUGUGGCAUUCCUAGGACUCCUCCACAGUUUGAAUUAGGACGUUUCAUUUGUUGCUGAAUGCUGUCCAGAAUGUGUUUAUCCAUAGGGUUUCUCUACUGUGCGGGCUCUCUCAAGCGUAAUGUUUUGUUUCCUUGCCGAAGGUGGUUCCACACUUGUGAUUGUCUAGGGUUCUUCUGUAUGAACUCAGAGUCAGUGAGCUCUGAUCUCCAAGUGAAAGUUUUCCUGCAUUUUCUGUUUUCUCAGUGUUUCUCCCUGUAGGAAUUUUUAAUGUGCAAUUAGUUUUGUCUUCUUGUUGAAAACUUUUCCACAUUUUUUUACACUUGUGCUGUUUUCCCCACUCUGAACUCUAUGAUUCAGAAUUAGGAGCAGUUCUUAGUAAAGGCGUUUUCACACUGAUUGCACGAAGAAUUUCUCCCCAGUGUGAAGUUUCUGGCAUAGAGUCCUGGCUUCCUGCAGAAGACUUUCACACGGCCACGUUCAUGCCUGUGGGCCUCUCUGGCAGGAAUUCUAUGACACACCGCAAGUCCUAACUACCUCCUGUGGGCUUUCUCACAUUUGGUCUCCUUGUAGAUGUUAUCUUCACAGCAUGAAGCAUUCUGUGUACAGUGGGACAUCCCCUGUUACUAAAGAUAUUAUCAUAUUCACAAGGUUUCUCUACUGUCUGAAUUUUCUGAUGUAUACAAAUGACUGACUUCUACAAGAGGGCUUUUCCAUACUCAGUGUGUACAUACAGUUUCUGCCUGUGAUCAGUUCUUUCUUAUUAUUUUAUUUUUUUGGAACAAGGUCUUGCUCAGUUUCUUAGGCUGGACUGCAGUGGCAUCAUAGCUCACUGCAGCGUCAACCUGGGCUCAAGCAAUCCUCCAGCCUCAGCCUCCUGAGUAGCUGGCAUGCACCACCAUACCCAGCUAUUUUUUUUUUUUUUUUUUUUGGUAGAGAUGAGGUCUCACUAUGUUGCCCAGGCUGGUCUCAAGCUUCUGAGCUCAAGCAAUUCUCCCACCUCCACCUCCCAAAGUGCUGGGAUUACAAACAUGUGUCAUCGCACCUAGCCUCUUUGAUCAUUUCUUUGGUGUUCAGUGGAGGUUGACAACUCCCUGAAGAUUUUCCUGCUUUUUGCAUGCAGGGAUUUGAAUUCUUUGAGGUCCAAUCAAUUUAUUUGGACUCCUGAAAAACGUAUUGUGGGUUUUCUCCUAUGUGUGGAAUGGAUGAGGCCAUCUUCCAAUGUGGUUUCUCUUCUGUCGAGUGAGCUGACCUACACCUACGGUUUUGUCCCAUUCGUUGCCCUUGAAUUAUUUCUCCCAUCAUGAAUUAUAUGUCCCAGUGAAAAUGGAGUUCUGGAGGCUUAUUCCACGUGUACACAGUUAAAAUUGCAGUGUUCCUUUCUGGGAUGACAGCUCUAAGGCAGAGUAAGUUUAUGUUUUGACAUAAGCUUUACCUGCCUAUUUAUAAGGUCUCACCUGUGGUCCAAUGUGUUGACACUUAUAUCGAAGGGCUUCUGUAUAUUAACCAUAUUCUUAGGCUUUCUCACUUGUGUGAAUCACAGCUUUGCCACAUUUCUUAAACUUUUUGCUCUUUAGAAAUGUCCCCCUAAUUUAUUGCGUUCAUUGCUUGUGACAGAGAGUCCAGGGAACUGACUUUACUCUGUUACUUCCUGUGAAAUAAAUUCAGCUUUUCCUGAAA